CUGCUACUCCGUCAAAGUUUUGAGCGUAGUGUUGGGCCUGUCGCAAAGAUUCUUCUUUCCGCUCUAUCGAAAUUCUUGCACUUUGCAGACCAUCAUGUCCCAGACAAACAGUAAAAGUAACCAGUCAAAACGACAGGGUAGAACUCAAAAUGGGCAAAACAAAUCCGGCCGAGGGAAUGUGAACACGAAAAAACAAGAAUCACAAAAGGACAACGGGCGCAAGCACGAAGAAAUUGUUUACGCUCUAAAGUACAGCGAACCCAUCAAUCUCAAUGAUUACGAAGACGUGUUACUUAAAACCGAUACUUACGGGUGGAACCUCUUGCAUCGGAUAAUUUUCUCUCUUAAAGCUGCCGAUAAAACCCAGUAUAGUCCUGCAUCAGAAGAGAUACUGGCCUUUGUUGAGCGGCUGGUAGUUGAUGAGCCUAAUCUGCUUAUCCAAGAGAACGUGCACGACAGCAUCCCGCUUCUCGAUGCCUCCGACUCCAAGCUCGAGAUCGUCUUUCGCGUGAUUAAUCUUGUGGUCCCGGAUGCGGUUCUAGCUAGUCUAGAAACGCCGUGCUCUGAGCAAGACCAAAAAUGUCCGCUAGAGUCCGUGAAUGAGUUCUUGCUCGAGAAAUGCCGCCGUGAUGAAAGCAAGAAGCCAUCGACGGCGGUCAAUCUGGAGAAACAAGAUGAAGAAGACGAGCGAAAGCGAUAUGAGUACGAGAAAAUCAUAACUAUCAAGCCUGACAAUGUUACGAGUGCCAGCCGUGACAGUCAUCGCGUUUGUCUUCAUGCCGAGAUUAACGUUCCAAAACUAAAAGAGAAGAACGACGGUAUCAAGAAGGCGCUGUCAGACGGUUUAGCUCGUCAAAAAAAAUCACAUAAGACGUGCCUCCAGUCGCUCAUAAUCGCUACCAAUUUCGACUCAAGCGUCUAUCCGGACGAAGGGGUGCCCACAAUUCCUCGGGAAAGCUUCCGGCUCCUGCUCCAGCUCUGCCCCCAUAACAUUUUUGACAGCGCAGCCCAGGAUGGGUUCAGCCCACUCCAAAUGGCUAUUCGGCUCUAUGCAGAGUCCAAAGUGGAUUACCAGCAUCUUUCUCUGGUUAUCCAAGAACUAGUAGAAAGGUCGCCUUCUUCUAUUUACUUCGAAGCAGGCAGCGAGGCCGAGAAUGAUGCAGGUAAGACGGCAUAUCGGCUACUCAAGGAGCUAGACAUGAAAGUCGAUGGAUACGCGGAGGCGGUGCAUGAUGGUGACAGCGAUGACAGCAACAACCAUGGCCAUGCGAGUCAUUGGGAUCAUGACCGUGCUGACAAUGGGGAUCACCACGAUUACGACUAUGGCAGCAAUAGCGACAAUCGCGAUCACAAUCACGACGAUUAUGACGACGAUGACGACGAAGACGACGAAGACAGUGAUUAUGACGACGACGAUAAUGAUGAUGAAGAACGAGUUAAAGAUGAGACUAACCCCGUUCAGAUAGCUGGCUCAUACAGCAACGACAGCAACAAGCGGCAAAUUUCUUACGAGAGGACUGAAGAAUUGUUGAAGAUGGUUUGUAUUGGAGCUCCAAAUACGGAGCGUGCGUUAGAGGAUAAGCUCAAGUUUCUCUACUGGGGAGAUGCUGAACGUGUCCGCAAGAUCAGUUUAAAUCUUCUUGGAGAAUCGAAGAGACUGGAUGACAACUACAUCGCAAAGGCGAAAAAGUUAUCAGGAAUGCUCUUUGAGACAAUUCUGGCUUCAGUGCAGUUGCCAUACUGGAACCCGCAAGCCCCGCAUUCAGAAAACCAAAAUAUGUCCGAAGAACAAGCCGAAUCAGCUGAAAGCGUUACACCUCAAGCUUCUAAUCCCUACAUUGGCAUUUUUGAGUGGUUAUGGGAGAGCAAUGUGAGGAAGAUUUUCUCUGUGGAAGUUGAUGACACAGGUCCUGAGCCCCAUAGCAAUGCCGCAAUACGACAGUCUCUAUGUUUUCAAAGGCUUGACGGCACCUACCGAGACUUCCAGAUCGAGAUCUUUAAGUGGAAGAAGUACGAUAUAUGCAGUGAGACGGUGUAUGAUGCUGCUCCCAAUGCCAAGGAAGUUUAUCUGUAUUCACUCGGAAAUACCGCUGUCCUCCGCGGUUGGGCAUGUAGCUCGGGGCUUCACAAAAUGAAACACCUUGAACAUCUCGUGAUUGAGAUCUACCCGAAAAACACAAACGACGAGGCCGACUGCAAAGCUUACGAAAAGAAGAUGAAAUUAAAGUUGGCCGAAAAUUGCCCGCGGCUUAACUUUAGCAACAUCAAGGUAGAGUAUCCCAAAUCCAUGUCCGGUCAGAGAAACGGCAGUGAGGGCGAUGCGAACCCUCAGAGAGGGAAUAACGACAGCAGCUCUCCCGUCAACAACACGCCUACCCCCGAUGAAUGGAUCAGGCAGAUGAAACCGUUCAAGCAGUUUGUGGUAAAUAUGGCCAACAACAUCGACGCGGACAAAAAUCCAACUGUCAAGGUUGCUGUGCUGGAUGAUGGUGUCUCUCUUGAUAGCUUGGGUCUCAACGGUGCGAAGGGUCUCAAUGGUGGAAAGGGCCAAUCCUUCCGCAGGGACAACGGCGAGUACUGGGUAGGCCCCUGCAGUCAUGGAACAAGGAUGGUUGACUGCAUCCGGCAGCUUUGCCCCAUGGCUCAACUCUAUAUCGCCCGCUUAGACGAUUGUGAUGAAAAGCAAAAAUUCACGACCGAAUCUUGCUUUAAGGCUCUGGAAUGGGCAAGAAAGAUGGAGGUUGACAUUAUCUCUAUGAGCUGGUCCUUCAAGAAGAAGGGCGGAAGCGCGGACGAGGGCGGAAAGAAUUUUGCCAAUGAGCUCAACGCGGCCGUCGAAGCAAACAACGUCAUUAUGUUCACGUCUCUUCCCGAUAAGGGCGCUACAGCCGAGAUCAUCAAAUAUCUUCCGGUGGGUAACGAAAAGGUUAUCAGGAUAGGCUCAGCGACCAUGUUCGGCGAGGAGGCCAAGGAGAUAAUAUUUGCAGACCGGGACUUUCUCCUUCCAGGCGAGGAGAUCCAAAUUCCGGGCGGCGAGUCCGACAAGGGCAGUUCAUUCGCUACGGCCUACGCCGCGGGUCUCGGGGCGCUUGUCCUCUACUGCCUACGGGCACACAAGGCGCUCGAGGAUUCUUAUAGCGAGAAGAAUGACCCGCUUGGGUCAGGAUACGACUACCGUCGCACAGCGGAACGGCUCAAAGAGGCGGCGACCAUUGGCGGGAUAAGAAAGAUCUUCAAAGUACUCAGCGGACAGAAUGCUAAGGACGAGAUCCCCAAGAAGGGGUUCUUCGUGCGGCCAUACCUCGCUCUCGAUAACACGUUUGGGACCACCAAACAAGACAAAAUUCUGUAUUUGCGAAACCUCGGUCACAAGAUUCUACCAUUGGACUGAGUAGUUGUCCUAAUUUAUCCCUCUUCAAAGACUAUAUUUAGGUAGAUAGACGUUUGGUGCCAUAUGGUCUCUUGUUAUUCAAAUGCUUUCUAUCUAGAGCUACAGCCACCGAUAAUUUUGCUCGUACGUCUCAUUUUAAUCAAGUUCAACAAUGGCGAGAUUCACUUAAAACUUGCACUUGUUUCGGAAAGAGAAGUCCAGACAGAAACUUAUAUCGUAAAAUAUCUAACACAUCUAAAUUCAGAAUAUGGAUUUAUUUGGUAGGGUAUACUAAACUACCAUCUAUAUAACAGUCAAGCCUUAGUAUUAGACAACC